AUGAAUUACUUCUAUUACCAACCAGUUCAAAUGGUCCCAAUGAUUCAACCCCAGUACACUGCUCCAACAACCACAGAUAACUUUAGAACUUCUAUCAUUUACUUUGUUGAAACACUUGAUAGAGAACCAAAGCAGAAUUACACAAUUACUCAGUUAUGCACCCGCUUUGGAUUUCAGAGAAGACGUUUUUAUGAUGUAGUUAAUGUUCUUGAAUCAGCUGGUUGCUGCCAAAAAACAAAUGUUGAUUGUUUUGUAUGGCUUGGCUUGAAUAAUGUCAAGAAUCAUCUUCAAUCACUCAGCAACUAA